AUGAGCGACGAACCAACUCAGCCAGCCACCCAGCCGGUGCUUGAUCCACGCCGACUGGGAAGGAAUAAUUCAGGCUUGAACGACGAGGACAUUGCUGAUGUGCUUUUGAUACUUCAUCCUGCCACACCCACCGCUAUUAAGAUCGUGGAGCUCGCCGCUGAGACUCGCCCCGAGCAUGUGCUCUUCCGUCGCAACUCUCUUGAUUCGAUGAGCGGGUCCCUAACCGAUAUUGAGGAGCAAGAAACGAUCAUCAUCAAUGCUUCUGGGGAGAGAGUGGGCCAUGGAUCUCGAGCAGGCGCCGACCUCGCCCUACGCAUGUCCUCAGUACGGAAUCUGCGAUUCAGGCAGCUUGGCUUCAUCUUCGGACGUAAUCCAAACAGCGCGGAUAUCGUCUUUGGGCAAGAUACCGGCAAGCGAAUCAGCAACCAGCACUUCCGGAUAUACCUGAACUCAGAUGGUAUCAUCAUGAUUGAGGACAUGUCUACUAAUGGUACAAUUGUUGACGAUCAGCUGCUGAGCCACAAAAUGAAGCGCUUCAACAAGAUACGGAUGCUCAGUUCAGGAUCCAUCAUCUCAAUACAAAACUCUAACGAAUCUGAGAUGAUCAGGUUCAUUGUUCGUAUACCUGCGCGGGUCUCAUACAUGGAUCGCUUCCGUGACAAUCUACGACAUUUCAUCACUGAGUGUGCUGAAACUGGCAACAAAGAGAAAGCCUUGCAGCGAAUCAGUAAGCAAUGCAGUGGACCGAGCAUGAAAUGGGAUGGUGGAGCAAAUUACAAUCUCAUCGGUCAGAUUGGCAAAGGCGCAUUUGCCACUGUUCACCAGCUAGCCACCAAAAUGGAAGGUAAGCUUCUCGCUGCGAAGGAGCUCGAAAAGCGUCGCUUCAUGAAGAAUGGCCAGUUGGAUAAGAAGAUCGACAACGAGAUGAAGAUCAUGCAAAGCCUGCGACAUCCAAACGUAGUCGAAUUCGUCGAAUAUCACGACCAAGGCGACUACUUGUACAUCAUCAUGGAGUUUGUGCGGUGCGGUGAUCUGCAAGCGUACCUUCAUCAGCAAGGGCCACUGAAGGAGUCUCUGGUGAGAACUAUCGCGCAACAGAUACUGAGCGCUCUCAACUAUCUUCAUCGCUCUAAAAUCACACAUCGAGAUAUCAAACCGGACAACAUCCUCAUCGCAGAUCUCGAUCCCUUCACUGUAAAGUUAUCUGAUUUCGGUCUGUCAAAGGUCGUCAAGCAUGACGAGACAUUUCUCAAGACCUUUUGUGGUACUCUACUUUACUGCGCACCAGAAGUGUUUCCUGAAUACAGCACAGGCCCUUCCAAGGGAACUAAACGCCGACGAGGCACAAAACAGUAUCAUUCAUACAGCUCCUCAGUAGACAUCUGGUCAUUCGGUGGCGUACUAUGGUACUGUCUCUGUGGCCAACCACCUUUCAAAGGCAUUGCAGACGCCACGGGCGAGGCGAUGUUCAACAACAUCAUGGCGACUCCACUUGAUCCGUCGCCUUUACAAAAGGCCGGGGUCUCGGCUCCAUGUAUCGAUCUCCUGACACGCAUGCUUCGAACUGAUCCUGCAACGCGUCCCACAGAUCGCGAAUGCCUCAACCAUCCAUGGCUGAAGGAGGGUGCAGUGCUACCGGUCGACCCUACGCUUCAAGCCAUUGCCGAGGAAGACGAGUCACAAGACGCAGAGGACCAGUUGUCGCAACUGCAUAUUCAAGAAGAGAUUCCUGAGUCUGACGAGGAAAGCGAUAUCUUGUCCGACGACGAGCUAAUCCAACUCGUCAACCCAAAACGUAUCCGCCCGGACCCCCGGUUUCCACGAGACCAGCUACGUGAUGCUACGGAAUCCAGUAUAGAUGCGUCUUUCCAGCCCGAGCAUUUUAUUGACGACGACGAGAGUUUCAGGCUCAUGCCUGCGCCAGGACGGGCACGCUUGUUUGGCGAGAUUGGUCAGUCGGCUCUCCAAAGUUCAGGUAUCCUGAACGCCCAUGCAACCAACGCGCUGUCUGAAGAGGAGGCUGCAGCAAUCAUUUCACGGGAUGGAGUUCAGUCGUUCAGUCAUGCUGUCGGUGGAACACCAUUCCAGGGUCCGUUUACGGCGCCUUCUCAACUUGACGGCGGCCUCUCGUCGCCUAGUCUUUUGGGAGCCGAGUCUCUUGUUCGAGAAAUGAACAUGACGUCUCCAUACUCGCCGGUCUCGGGGACUCACACGCCCGGACCAACAACCCCUCGUACGCCUGAGGUAGUACAGCACAACUCGUUGACCGAGUCUUCGAAAGAAUUUAGCCAGAUCAGCGAACCCACGCCGAAAGCAAGAGCGCCAGGACUGAACCGACAGAUUAGUCUGCCGUUGACUGCUUCGUACUACUACGAUCCGUUGGAUCCCAGUACACACAACGCAGAGUACGCUUCCAAGGUGAGCGGAUACGACUUUUUGUCGGCGGGCAGAGAUCUCACUACAGGGACAUCUGUGUACGAAGACACGGUUCGAGCAUCAGACACCAGUAGCCAUUCCGAGGCGUCACAUACGGGUGUAGCAUCGUCCCCCUCGGCAGAAGUGCCUUGUGUGCCUGCCGAACUUGAUAUCGAACUCCUCCCAAAGCACUUGGGUAAGCUAGUAGCAACGGCAGACUCGUUCGCUCCGAACCUCACUCUCAACAUUGACCGAAGCAAAACGUCGUGGGGUCGGUUCAGCAAUAACACGAUUGUAUACGAGGACAGAGGCGACACUCGCAUCCCCAAGACGGCCUUUAUCAUCUUCUGGUACUCGUCUGGGGGCGACAGGGCUGAGACGGUACAGGAGUUGAGUCAGAAGGGCAAAGACUGGACGAGCCUCAAGGAGCUGAAUGUCGGUAUCUGGACAUGCGCGACACAUGGCAUCUCGAUCAACGGCAAGCAUCUCAGGCAGAAGGAUGAGCGUGGACGGGCGUUGUUUGGACACCUCAAUAGCGGCGAUAUCAUACAAGUUUAUCACGAUCCGAAUGGGACGACUUGCAUGAAGUUUCGGUGCGAGUUCUACAUCGGAACAGGUCGGCAGGCGAGAAAGGCAGAGGAGAGCUUUCAGGUGCGGGUUGGGAAUAAACUUGGGCAGGAGAACUUCUGGGCGCUCCCGGCAGUGUUGCGCAUAGCCGUGGCGAGUCAGCACGCCUUCAGUGUGUUUGACGAUCUGCUUGCCUUUCCCCAGUACGCAGUUGUGUGGCCCGACACAUUCAUCGCCGAAGACGAGGCCACGGCCCUCCUCGCGCAACACGCACCCCGCAGCUCAGGCUCCGCGCCGCUCGAACCGCAAGAGACGCAGGAGCUGUCGAAGCGCGAUCCGCUCUCUGCAGACACGCCACCGACCGACGAUGCGCUCGAGCAGACGUACGAAGCCGUGGUGCUAGGCGGGCAGCGCUACCUCUGCAGCAUCCCCACGAUCCCCGAAGAAGUGCCGCAGAACAGCACCACGACGGCCGAGGAAGCAAAGGCCGAGGAGGAGAAGGAGCUGAUGCGCGCCACAGACCGCGGCUGGGAGCUGCUCGAGGGCAUGAAGGGAAACUGCAUCUACUACCUCAGCGGCUGGUGGAGCUACAGCUUCUGCUACAAGGACGAGGUCAAGCAGUUUCACCAGCUGCCCCCCAGUCGCGGCAUUCCCAUGUAUCCGCCUGUUGAGGACACGAGCGUGUGGAGCUUCGUGUUGGGCAGAUACCCCAAAGACGAUAAGCGCAAGACGCUGGGCAGCGAGCAGGGCACCAAGGAGACGUUCGACGACGAGGGCAACAUGGCGCAUCACGAGGAGAAGGGUAUGGAGAUUCCGCGCCUCGAGUCAAAGGGCUCGAGCAGGUACAUGGUCCAGCAACUGUCCGGCGGCACGCAGUGUGACCUGACAGGCAAGGACCGUAAAAUCGAUGUUCAGUUCCACUGCAACCCGCAAUCCGCCGACCGCAUCGCCAUGAUAAAAGAAACAAGCACCUGCUCCUACCUCAUGAUCGUCGACACCCCCCGCCUCUGCAACGACAUCGCCUUCCAGCCCCCCCAGGAAAACCUCGCCCACCCCAUCUCCUGCCGCCCCGUCGUCCCCGCCUCCGACCUCCCCGCCUGGGAAACCCUGCGCCUCGAAGCCCAGGCCCGCGAAGCUGACCGUCUCGCCGCGCUUAAACUCCAGAAGCAGAAGCUCAAAGAUGCCCCGCCGGGGGCGCUGAAGGAUACGAGUAAUCCCCUCCGCGACCUUGCGCAGUCCGCCAAACGCAUCGUUAUCGGCGGGAUUGAAGUCGGUGCGCAUCAGCUCGUUGGGUCUGAGGGGAAGGUUAUCGAGAAGAGCGUCGUUGUGGGAGGCGGGAAAGAAACUUUCCUCGGCACUGUGGCGAGUAGUGAUGGGAGCCAGAUGACGGCGGAGCAGAUGCGCGAGCUGAUGAUUACGGAUCCAAAGGCUGUCGAGAAAUUGAAGGCUAAUCUGGAUAAGUUGGCGGGGAGGAAGGGCUGGAAAUUGGAUCUUGUGGAUACGCCGAGGGGUAGGGAGUUUCGCGGGAUUAUUGAGGUGGAUGAGGAGGAGAAGGGGAAGAAGGGGAAGGGCGAGAAGAAGGACGAGGAUAAAGCGGUCAAGGGUGGGGAGGGAGAAGCAGAGGAAGAAUAUGCGGACGAGGAAGAGGAUGUGCAGGAGGGCAGUGAGGAGGUGUAUAAAGAUGAGCUGUAG